GAAGCAGCCACGGAAAGCGUUUUCUCCCCGCAAUCACUGGAUUUCUGGAAUAAUUACCGCAUCUGAAUUUGAAAACUUUCAGUUUCAGGUUUGCUAGGUAGUUCUGUGUCACAGAAAACAUCUACUGAGGCACAAGUAGUGAUCUAACUAGUUAGUGCUCCUGAAAAUGGAGCCUGGCUGUUUUGGGAAGUUUGGGAAUUUUGUUCGUGAGACCUUUUCCAGCCUCCUGAAGAGGACCCGGCAGCGCGGAGUCGCAGAGCAACGCGGCAACCUCAGCAUCUCCACCGAGCAGGCUACCCCGAAGGUCGGGAGCGGUUCCAGAAGAGCCCGACUUCGCGCCUCCGGCUGGAGGACGAGUCGGGAGGGGCUUGCGCCCGAGACCGAGCUUGAGGAGAAGCUCCGCGCUACAAUUUUGGAACUUCAAGAGAAACGACGGGGGCAGAGGACCUGGCUGAGACGCCGGGAACCGCGCGCCAAGGUCUCCUCUAACAAACAGGAGGAGCAUGUCGACCUCAUCAUGGACCCUGUGACUACUGAAGUCCCACAGGAGACAAGCAAGGCAACAUCAGAUACCCACUGUGAUGAUGCCACUGGCGCCAAUAAGACCAAUGUCCAAACUUGCUGUCCCCUCUGGGGAAAGAAGGCCCACUCAAAGAUGUGGGAGGACACUGUGCUCCUGGGACUUGGCCUAGGCCUGACCAUCACAAGUGCUACGCAGAGCAGCUUUGAUAGUCGGCGCCAGCCAGGGAACCUGGGAAUGCCAGUGGUCCCCAUGAGACGUGUACCAGUGAUGGGAGUGAAAGCUCUGUACUGGAGAGCAAAGCAAAUGGGAGUGCUGAUUGAGGGACAGGAUGACAUUGUUACAGGCAGGCCUAUUCCUUGUGGAUUUGAAGAUGCAGUCAGGGCACAUUAGAAAUCCUCAGCCACAGAUGGGAACUGCGGCCUACACCUUCAGGGGCUGGGAUGAUUAGUUGAUGAACUUUAUUACGGUACAUUGGACAAUGGGGUUAACAUUCAGGGAUGGAGGUGGACAUUCCUCAUGUUGGACAACAGGAGCUCCUCAUAUCCACGCCUACUACUGCACUUUAUUGUUUUGUGACCCACCCGAACUGUUUUUAUUUUAAAUGUGGAUGGGGGUGGUAGUUUCUGUCAAGUUGGACAAUUUUGGUUUGGGGGUUGUGACAUUACGGUAUAUGAUAACAGUUUGAUUCUUAUUUCAUAUUCAUCAUGUUGAUUAGGCUAUUGAAAAAUUAGACUGUAACACACCUAUUUAUUAUAUUGAAAUUAAAACAUAUUUAUUUUACAAUAAACACAAAUUAUUUUAACCAGAAACAAUGAUGCUUCUUGACUCCUCUUUCAAGGUUUUGAACAGCUUUCAUUCACAAGGCCUUAUUACCAGUGAAUGCUGAAAUUGAUUUAACUAUUGUCCACUAUCUGUGAAUGUGUGCCAGUCUACUUUAUAGUUAUGAUGAUGUGCUAUCUAUAUUAGGAUAUUUAGAUUGAUUUGAUGUUGAUUGAUUAUAACAUAUUCAAUACAAUAUACAUGUAACCCUUAUAAAAUAUUUCAAAAGAAGUUUACCGCACACUUUCUUAACUUAAUGCUUGUUUAUUCAGAGCGAACAAUGCGUUUCGCCUUUCGAGCAGGGGUCGACCGAUACAGGUUUUUUAAUGGCCGAUGCG